CUGUAUCCAGCUGGGUGGCAGGUGGAUCCAAGGGUUACCAUGAAGUUUUCAGGACCCCUGGAGAGCCAGAGGUUGUCUCUCCUUCUGGAGACGGCAAUCUCUAGGGAAGCUCAAAUGUGGAAAGCACAUGUGCCGAAAAUUCAGCCCAAUCAGGAUGUAGCCAUUUCUCCAAAGCAGAGGGAUGAGGUCAUUCAGUGGCUGGCCAAGCUCAAAUACCAGUUCCACCUUUAUCCAGAAACGCUCGCCCUGGCCAUCAGCCUUUUGGACAGGUUUUUAGCUGCAGUCAAGGCCCGUCCAAAGUACUUGAACUGUAUUGCAAUCAGCUGCUUCUUCCUUGCUGCAAAGACCAUCGAGGAAGAUGAGAGGAUUCCAGUACUGAAGGUGUUGGCUAGGGAUAGCUUUUGUGGUUGUUCUCCAGCUGAAAUUCGCAGAAUGGAGAAGAUUAUCCUGGAUAAACUGAACUGGGAUCUUCACAUGGCAACGCCACUGGAUUUCCUUCAUAUUUUCCACGCAGUUGCAGUGUCCACCAGGCCUCAGCUCCUGAGCAUCCAGCCCAAGCUGAGCCCCUCGCAGCACGUGGCGGCCCUGACCAGGCAGCUGCUGCACUGCAUGGCCUGUUACCAGCUGCUGCAGUUCAAGGGCUCCAUGCUGGCACUGGCCAUUGUCAGCCUGGAGCUGGAGAAGCUGCUCCCAGACUGGCUGGCUCUCAUCAUCGAGCUGCUCCAGAAGGCACAGAUGGAUAGCUCACAGCUGAUCCACUGCCGGGAGCUCGUGGCACAUCACCUUUCCACCCUGCAGUCUUCUCUACUGCCCAAUCCUGUAUAUGUCUACAGUCCCCUCCAGCAGAGCCUGGUGGCCUGUAACAGAGGAGCAUUCAAAUGCCAGCAGCCCUCCUCUGUCCCAGGGCCAGGUUUCUCCAAGGACAACGGCAGGCCAGGAGUGCCACUCACAGGUACAGCUCCCAGUGGUUCCAAACACACCUCGGCCAAGAGGAAGGUGGAGGAGAUGGAAGUGGACGACUUCUACGACGGUAUCAAGCGUCUCUACAACGAAGACAUUGCUCCAGAGGUGGUGGCUCUUGAAAACAUGGGCUCUGUCUGUGGCGCUGAUGUCUCGAGGCAGGAGGGCAACGUUUCCCCGUGUCCACCUCUGCAGCCAGUGUCCGUGAUGUAG